CUGGUUGAGCUUGCUGAAGAGUCGCGUCACUACAGCUAGGUCGUUGUUUACGACUGUCGCCUUUGUGCAUCGGCAUCGUGCUGCGCAUACCAACGCCAAGCAGUCAUCUCAUUUCUUGAAAUCUGACUCGUGCACCAAACGCGCUCGAGCUUUCCAUGCUGAUCACCUUCAAGGGCGUAGCUUCUUGUUCUUCAGCUGUUGUGCCCCAAUCUUCAAGAUGCAGCGCUUGACCCUGUCCGACCCAUCAGAGUCCCAGAACACGCUUUCACAAAAGGACCUCUGCGAUGGUGUGCUAGCUCAAAGUGCCUCCCACGCGCUUUCCUUUCGUCUUCUAGACCUACCUUACGAUCUGCAGAUCCUCAUCCUGCGCCAAGCUUUCUACGCUCGACAGUCGACCGGCAGUGCUUCAUCGCCCAGCUGUGAUGGGAGCGGGUUUGUCAGCUUGCUCUGUAGUUGCCGCGACAUCAAUGGCAUACUCAUUCCUUUGCUCUACAAGCACCUGGAAGUCUCUUCGAUGGGUCAGCUCGCUUGUCUUGUAGAAAGAUGCACCAACCUCGUCUGGAACCGGACUCACACCUCGCUAGACCGACAUGGCGUGCGCAUUCAGGCAGAUCAGCUCGAGUCAUGGCCUCAUUAUUAUCGCUCCGGGCAUUCGAUCGAUCACGAAUCCGACUCUGACUCCUCAGACGACUCCUUGUACAACCAAAAGGCGACGCCAAGGUUCAGAUCGGAUCCACCCGCUUACCUGCGUCGGAUCUCUCACCCAACAAUCGCCAAGCACACAGUCAAGCUCAGGAUCAACAUUCCUGGCGUCCCUGGCGGCUCACUGGCAUCAGGAGCUGAUCCGACCAGCGAUGAGGAUGACUCCCCGCUGCUAGACCCUCGAGGAUUGGAUGACGAAAUGGGUCGCAGAAGAGCUGAACAGCGUGCGUCCGAAGCAAGGGCAAAGACCGAGCGACGCAUCGACCGCUUGAGAUUAGCCGCGCUGCUGCUUUUGUGUGCACCACAGACGGAGGAGGUGGACUUCGAAUUCUUCUCGCUUCACCACUCCGACCUCCUCCGAGCGCGCUUCGCCUUGUCAGAAACUCAGAUUUUGGCCAAGGCGAUCUCACGACUGCAGCGCCUGAAAAGGUUCCGCUGGGCACCACCCUCGGACCCAUCCUUGGUCAAGGGCUUCAGCGUAGCAAUCGUUCCUCUUGCAGUCGCAGCAUUAGAGCGCGGCUUCAAGUGGGCUGUACACCGCCCAGACUAUGCAGGAAGUCAUCCUCUACAGGAGAUUGAUCUGAACAACGUCACUUUUGAAACUCGUGACUUCUCUGAUGGAAAAAGUGAUGCCUUCUUUCAAGCCUUCAUGCCCCUCUACAAGCCAUAUCCUGAGGUGGAUGAAGAAGGUUUCGUGCGACACGUUCCACUGCAUGCCUACGCCCGUCUCGAAACCAUACGAGUCAGUAGCGCGACCGGUUUUGAGAGCCAAAGGCUAAUUUUGCACAUGCUAAAUCCACCACUACGAGAGGCGUGGGAGUUUUGGAGAGCGGCCAUUCUGAAUACUGCUUCUCGACGGCAUCGCGAUGGAUAUCCUCGGACGCGCUUAGAGCUAUCAAACGUCUUUGAGAAGUCGACGAUUUGGUCUGAGCACCUCGAUGCAGCGGCCCUUCGCACGAGGAUGGCGCAGCUGAUCGAGCACGAAGCAAGGUACACACGUAAUCGGCAUCAAUGCAGCAAUCUGAAUGACGCCGAGUACGAAGCUCUGAAGCGCAAGAUGGACACCCUCUACGCCGAUGCCAUCGAAAACGUGAUGAGCAGGAUAAACAUACGCAAUCGCGAUGGUGCGAUAGCUGGCAAAGCGGCGGACGACAAUCAGUGAAAUGAGCUCCAUCGAUCGUGAACUUCAAGAAACUGCUCGCGCAGACUUGCAAAGUCCGAGCGAGCACAUCGAAAGAGGAGGGGAGGGGGUCCCUUGAUCGUCUUGAGCAUCGUAGGCGAUCGACCAAGGCCAAGGCACUCGG